UCCCUCGCCGCCACCCCUUCUGUUGGUAGAGAACGCACCUUGGUUACAGUGCGAUUUGAAAAUGAUACAGUAAUGAGAAUGAGACAGUUUUUUGGCAGGCAAAAAAAUUCCUUUCUGCAGUUCCCCGAUUUUUUUUUUCUUUCAACACUUCUCCGCCCGAAUUUAUUAAGAUUUGGACGGAUCUCAGUCCCAGAAAGAAAAACAAACAGUCAAAAGACGUGGCUAGGGCAGCCGGGCGAACCUGAAACUGCGAGUUUUUGGCUUUUCCGCCAGAGAAGACAAUAAUUGCUAAGAGCCCCAACUGCCGGCGCCUUUCCCAGUUCUGCUCUCUCCCUGAAAGGGACGGAUGGCUCACGGCUCACCAACGUCUGGGCAGAAGGCUGCUACAGUCGGGUCAGAACAUAGUCGGCGACGGUAGCAGCAGGCAGCUCCUGUCAGCGCACUAGGCAGGGGUCCCUCACGCGGUAGGCAGGCAGGGAAGCAGGCAGGCGGGCGGCCCCGCCCAGCCUAGCGUCUCUUCCCCCCUCCCCGCCCACCCAUAUUCCGCUCAGGAGGGGUUGGUGGGCAGGAGAGCGGUUCAAAGCUCGAUCCGAAGACGGCAGCAGGAGCAGCGCCGCGAGAAACCCUCCCAACAGUGCCUCCUCCCGCUCUGUCUCCCCCCUUCUCUGCAUCCCAGCAGCAACUUCCAGGCCGGGUCGCUGCUGCCGCCGCGAUCCUGCAAUCCCUCACGCUCUCCAGAGCUCUCGGUUGCUCAAGAACCCGCGCUCGGAGGACGAUGCCGUGGCUCUUGUGCAGCUCCUGGGCGGCGGCUCCCUUGCUCAGCUCUCCAGGGCUAGUGUUUGUCGGCUGGCUGUGGCUGCACCACCUUGGACUCCCCGUGACGCUGGCAUCUUCCUUCCUGACAGGUUCUGUUGCAAAAUGUGAGAAGGAGGGUGAAAUUCUACAGAUCCCAUUUAUUACAGACAACCCUUGCAUAAUGUGCAUUUGCUUGAACAAGGAAGUGACAUGCAAACGUGAGAAGUGCCCUGUACUUUCGAAGACAUGUGCUCUGGUUAUUAAGCAAAGAGGAACAUGCUGUGAGAUAUGUAAAGGUUGCAGUUUUGAAGGAAGUUCAUAUAACAGCUCAGUGUUAUGGCAGAGUCCAAAUAAACCCUGUUUCAUGCUACAAUGUCAGGAAGGAGUGAUAACAGAGUCUGGGAUUCAAUGUAUUGUUCAUUGUAGAAAUCCUUACAAGGAACCAGGGAUAUGUUGCCCCCUAUGUCCAGGUUGCACACUUGAAGGUAGACAUUUCUCUGAAGGUGAGGAAUUUCAUCCUGACGGGAACAAAUGCAUCACGUGUACUUGUAUUGGUGGAAGGACACAUUGUAUACAGGAAGUGUGUCCCAUUCUUUCAUGUCCUCAACAUCUCAGUCACACACCUUCUGGGCAGUGUUGCCCAAAAUGUAUAGGACAGAGAAAAGUGUUUGAUCUCCCAUUUGGAAGCUGUCUCUUUCAUAGUGACGUUUAUGACAAUGGAGCCUCCUUUAUGUAUGACAACUGUACUAAGUGUGCAUGCAGGGAUUCCACUGUGGUAUGUAAGAAAAAGUGCUCUCCUCCCCAAGGUUGUAUCAAAGCCAGAGAAGAGUGCUGCAACGAGUGCCUCUUAUAUGUGUCUCCUGAGGAAACAAAAGUGUGCAAGUUUGGAAAUAAAGUCUUCCAGGAUGGAGAGAUGUGGUCCUCUAUUAACUGUACCAUCUGUGCCUGUGUGAAAGGCAAGACAGAAUGUCGCAAGAAGCAGUGUAUUCCAGUCAGCAGCUGCCCUCAUGGAAAGAUACUCAACCGAAAAGGAUGCUGUCCCAUUUGCACUGAAAAGCCUGGAGUUUGCACUGUAUUUGGAGACCCCCACUACAACACUUUUGAUGGGCGGACAUUUAACUUUCAGGGAACAUGUCAGUAUGUUUUGACAAAAGACUGCACUUCUACCACCUCACCUUUCCAGGUGCUGGUAAAGAAUGAUGCCCGAAGGACUCGUUCUUUUUCCUGGACAAAAUCUGUAGACCUUAUACUGGGCAGCAGCACUGUCAGCCUCCAUCAGCAUCUCACAGUGAAGUGGAAUAGUACUCGCAUUUCUCUACCAUAUGAGACACCACAUUUUCAUAUUGACUUGGAAGGAUAUCUGUUGAAAGUGACAACCAAAGCAGGACUAGAAAUCUCUUGGGAUGGAGACAGUUUUGUUGAAGUCAUGGCUGCCCCUCAUCUUAAAGGUCGGCUUUGUGGUCUGUGUGGCAACUAUAAUGGACAUAAGAGAGAUGAUCUGAUUGGUGGUGAUGGUCAUUUUAAGUUUGAUGUGGAUGACUUUGCUGAGUCUUGGCGUGUGGAAUCAAAUGAAUUCUGUACUCGUCCUCCAAGGAAGCAAUUUCCUGAAUUUUGCCAAGGAACUGUGAGAGUAAAACUCCGUGCUCAUCGGGAAUGCCAAAAGCUCAAAGCAUGGGAUUUUCAGAUUUGCCACUCAACUGUGGACUACACUGUGUUUUAUCGCCCUUUCGAGAGCCAGACAGUGGUGUUGGAGGGCUGCAGUUGCAAGGUUCGUAUUUCUCCAGAUAGGAAUACUGUCCCCAAUCAGGACAGACAGAACAGGCAGGGCCACAGAUACCUUCCUAGGAGAUCCUUUCAGGGCGGAAGAAGUUGCCCUUUCAGGCACUACAAAUAACUGUCCUUCAGACUCCACCAUAGGUGGUUGCUUGUCUUUGUUCACCAGCCACUGGGAAGUGACUGCCAAGGGCCGCUGGGUCAGAGGGACCAUCAGGUCAGGGCUAGUCCUGGAAUUUUUGUCCAGUCCCCCUAGAAUGUUUGUUAGAUGCCCUUUAUCUAGGGAUUCCACCAAGAAGCUAGUCAUGGAAAUGGCCAUCAGCCAUCUUUUAGAGAUUCAAGCCAUACAACCAGUUCCCCAAGAGCAGUUCGGACAAUGGUUUUAUUUCCGCUUGUUUGUUGUGAGGAAUGUUGUGAGGUGUAUUUUAGACUUGAAGUCCCUGAACCGUCAUAUCAUCAAUGGUUUAGAAUACAGUCUCUCCAGACUAUCCUGGAGAGCAUAAGAAAGGGGGACUUCCUUACGUCUGUAGGUUUGAUGGAGGAAUAUCUUCAUGUCCCCAUCCAUCCAGCUUACAGGCAAUUCCUCCACUUCCAUUAUAUGGGGAAACAUUUCCAAUAUCAGGCCUUGCUCUUCGGGCUUUCACCCACUCCCAGAGUCAUCACUAAAUUGAUGGCAGCGUUGUUGGGCUACCUUUGAACCCUUCCCAUAUGGGUUCAAUUCUACCUGGACAAUAUUCUUGUACAGUCCGGAUCUGAAGCUCUGGCUAGACGAGACUUAAACACCACUAUGCAGGUUUUACAGGACCAUGGUUUUUCUAUCAAUUGGGCCAAAAGCCACUUGGUUCCUUCCACUCAGCUAAUCCAUCUGGGAGUGGUUAUAGAUACAGUUUAGUCCAGGGUCUUUCUUUCCCUGGAAAGACAAGUUAGUCUGAGGGAGUUGACACAACAGGUCAGGGCGCAAUGUUCUGUUCCCCUUCUCCUGCUUUCUCAACUCUUAGGGAAAAUGGUAUCGGCCAUCACCAUCACACCCUGGGCACAUCUCCACAGCAGGGAGCUGCAGUGAUUCUUGCUCCCCUUUCAAAGAUUAGGCACCAGCAUCUCUCCGGACAAGGUUCGGGUACCCACAGAGGUUCUCUGGUGGCAUUCUGAGGCCAUCAUCAAGGGCUGCAGGUUUAGGGAACUUCAUUGCUUGGUUCUCACCAUGGAUGCCAGCCUCUUGGGCUGGGGUACCCACUAGGCUCUCACAUGGUUCAGGGAAAGUGGAACCAGACAUAGUAAUUGGUUGGAGCUAUCCAUUUGGCCCUUCAAGCCCUUAAGGACAUAGUAGUAGUCAAGGACAUUCUGAUUUUGACUGACAAUAUGGCCACUAAGGCUCAUGUAAAUCGCCUAGGGGGCACCCAAUCCAAAUCACUGAUGGACGAGGCCAAGAGACUGGGCCUUUGGGUGGAGGCCCAUCUUCAUUCAAUUCGAGAAGAUCAUAUCUCAGGGGUUUACACAAUGUAAGCUGCCCUGAGUCUUCGGAGAAGGGCGGGAUAUAAAUAAAAAAAAGGGGGGUGGCGAAUGUGCAGGCGGACUGGCUCAGCCGAGCUUCAGUUGGCCAUAUGGAGUGGUGUCUGCACCCAUCCCAGGUUUGCGGACCUGGUGAACUUAUCAGUGGCUUGGCCCUGGAGGAUUCCUCAGCCAGGGGGCACUGGUCCACCUGGAUCCUCAGUGGUUCCAGCUGACUGGCUGGUGCUUCAAAGGUGCCUGCUGAGUGAGGACAAUUUUUCCUCCAAGGUCAUUAAGACCAUCAGGCUUCUCACAGAAACUCUACGACACAUAUAUAUGCUACCUGAUUUGCCUUUUGUUGUUGGUACACAAAGAAGUCUUUAGUUCCCACUGGGGCUUCCAUAGCUAAUAUUUUGGACUUUUUACAGGAUGGGUUAGACUAGCUCCCAAUACUCUCCAGUGACAGGUCACUACCCUGUCUUCCAUUUUGACAUGCAGGUUGAAGAACACCUUAUCUCAUCCCCUGGUCAUUUGACAGUUUCUCCAGGGUGCCACAAAUCUUCAGCCCCUGGUAGUACACAGGUUCCCCAUGUGGCAUCUAACCAAGGUAUUGCAUUUCUUUACUGAGACUCCUUUUGAGCCUUUGAGGGACUUCAGCCUUUGCCUGUUGCCUUUUAAGGUAGCAUUCUUGGUAGCUAUCAUCUCAGCCAGAUGCAUUUCUGAACUGGCUGCCCUUUCCAUCAGACAAGACCUCUGUGUUUUCCACCCUGACAGAGUGGUCCUACAUUUAAAUCCCACCUUUAUUCCAAAGAUUAAUACAUUGUUCCAUAGGGCUCAAGAUCUAGUUUUGCCCAAUUUUGUCCUACUCCAAUGUGCUUAGAACAUUGGUGGCACACAUUUGUGUGGAGGGUCCUCUGUUUCUAUUUAAAGAGAACCACUCCCUUAAGGAAGAUAGAAUCUCUCUUUAUUUCCUUCCAACCUGGUUCUCUGAGUCUAAGGUUACAUCAUCCACUAUAGGAAGAUGGAUCAGAGCGUGCAUUGCUAUGGCUUAUGAGGCUCUUGCGCUGCCGGUUUUAGAUGCAUUACAGCCCAUUCAACUAGAAGCGCAGCUACCACGUCCACUUGGGCUAUGCAGGCCUCAUUAGAGGAGGUUUGCAGGGCUGCUACUUGGGCAUCCUCCUCUCUGUUCAUCCACCAUUAUAAGCUAGAUUCUUACGCUUUGGUGGAUGCUGCCUUUGGCAGGCGAGUUCUACAGAGAGUUUUUACGGGGCAGGGAGAUCUGGAUCAGACCGCUCCCUCCCAAUAGGAUGUCCAGCUUUGGUAUGUCCCAUUCCUGGCUGCUGUUUCCAACCAGUAUGGAGAAGGGGCGUUGGUCUUACCGGACACACUCCUUCUCAGCAUGUUGGAAACAGUAGCCAGCCCCACCCGGUUUCACGACUGGUCCUGGGACCCCGGGAGGGAUGUUUGUGUUUUAUUCACAGGUACAUACACCUGUCUGCAUUAUCUCCUUCAUCAGAAACUGGGAAGCUACAGGAGGGGUGUGGCUAAGGAAAUUACAGAUUCAGUCCAGCUAUUGGUAGACGGAGUUAAUCCAUUCCUGGUUGCUGUUUCCGACAUGCUGAAAAGGAGUGUGUCAGGUAAGAUCAACACCCCUUUUAUUUUAUUUUACUAUUAUUUGUGUUUUUAACUCCUGUUAGCUGCCAAGAGUCAUCAUGCUAAGUGGGGUGGGCAAUUUAAUAAAAUAAAAAUAGUAUUCUUUUUACUGUGAACAUUUGAAUGUAAAUGCUUAUGCCCUUAAUUGUUUCUGAGAUCACACAUACUGUUAGAUUAUGGAUUCACUGGGUAGUUUAGAUAAAUAAAAUAAAUUAGUAUCACCACUACGAGGAUUCUAUUAACCAUUCUGUUUAUAAAACAUUUAUAGAAAACAUUAAUGUCUAUGAAUGCAGGAAUUCAUAAGAGGAACUUGCUAUAACCAUUUGUAUACAUUUCUAAAAAUUAGAACUCUGAGAGAUCCCGUUCACUCC